AAAUACGUCCUUGGUACGACAAGUGUAGUGUUUGAGAAAAUGUUUUACGGAGAGUUAGCCGAGAAAGAAUCGCGCAUUUGUAUUCCCGACGCAGACGAGGAUUGCUUCGAGGGGUUUUUACACUUUCUUUACGUAGAUGAUUGUGUGAUUACUGCACAGAAUGCGACAGGACUCUUGUAUUUAGCUAAAAAAUACUUCAUCCUGGCGUUGGUAGAAAAAUGUUGCAAGUUUCUAGAGGCGAACAUUGACCAAAAUAACGUUUUCGAAGUGCUGAAACUAGCGCAGAAAAUUGAAAGAAGAGAUUUGGAAGUAAAAUGCUGGCAUUUUGUUUCAGUAAGAACUACCGAAUGCCUUAACUCAGAGGGUUUCUGCGACAUUGAUCCCCAAAUACUGGUUGCCUUGUUAAAGAGAACGAGCUCUUUGCAUAUAACGGAUAUCGAGUUGUUUAAAGCUGUUGUGAAGUGGUCUGACAGCAAAUGCGCGGAGCAGGGUUUGGAUGUUAAAAAAGACAAGAGCGCAAGAAGACAAGUACUAGGGGAUAUCGUCUAUGACAUUCGUUUUCUGGCGAUGUCGUAUGACGAAAUUAUAAAUUCUGUUUCUUUUACUAAGGUUCUCACAAGCGAAGAGAUUGUGGGCAUUUUACAAAGACUCAAUGGACACGAAGUUCCUGGUCUGAAAUGGAAAUACCCCGUAGUGGAGCCCGAAUUAAUCACCAUAACGAGAUUCGAUGCGCAUGCGGAAAGCGACGUCGUUGAAGACUCUUGGUUUUACGUCAAAGACGAUAAGAUAAACGCUCUGACUUUCACUGUGAACGAAAGUGUUCGCCUUCAGGGCGUUCGCUUAUUUGGGGACUGUCGUGGCAGUAGUUACUCCGUAAAAUUCAAGGUGAAAGAAAAACAAUAUGAAACCAGGCACUAUGUUUCGAGACCAGACAAAGAUGGUGUCUGGGGUUGCGAUGUCAUGUUACCACAACCAAUUUCUUUGCAACCAGACGAAGAAGUCACGAUGACAGCAACGAUAGAAGGACCGGAGUCGUUCAAGGGAAGCAACGGUAAACUAACUGUGAACGUCGGUGACAUUGUUGUACAUUUUCAUGAUACACCUUCCGGUUCAAACCAUAACCACACCAGCAAAACUGAAGGUCAAUUUUACAAAAUUUUCCUUCUUAAAAUGUAG